GCAGCAUCAUCAUCAUCACCACCAUCACGCGUCUCCCGUGUCCUGCAAUUCAUCAGCCCAAAUCAGCGGCCGCGAUCAUCGCUGCUCCUCCCCAUCCCCUUCCAAACCCACAUCUAGGGCUCUAGUUAGGGUUUCAUCCGCUUGCCGUACUUCGCCGGCCGCCGCCGCCGCGGUUACCCUCGGCCGCCCACCUUCUCCAGUCGCGAUGUCGUCGAACGCGAACCCUGAGGACCUCGGCAUGUACGGCCACGACGACGCGGCCGUCGACGCCAGCGGCGGCCAAGGAGCCAUAGAGGGCGCCACCGGUGGGGAGAAAAUGGGCGUGUCCCUUAUCCCGACGUCGGAUCAGGAUCAUCUCGCGGAGGCUAUGGAUGCAGCGGCGCCGCUGAUGAGUGUAACCUCGAACCAGCUCACGCUGUUGUUCCAGGGCGAAGUGUACGUCUUCGACUCUGUCUCGCCCGAGAAGGUGCAAGCUGUGCUGUUACUGCUGGGAGGAUGUGAAGUACCUACUGGCGCAGCUGGCAUGACAUUAUCCGGUCAGCAGGAUGAUAGGGGUUAUGAUGAUUUACUUCAUCGAACAAAUAUUCCUGCAAAAAGGAUUGCUUCGUUGAUAAGGUUUCGCGAGAAGCGUAAAGAAAGGAAUUUUGAUAAGAAAAUCCGGUAUAAUGUCCGCAAAGAGGUUGCCCUCAGGAUGCAGCGCCGAAAAGGGCAGUUUGCAGGGAAGGCUAUUACCCAGGAAGGAGCAUUGGCCUCUUCAAGCGGUGAUCCUCUUCAAAGCUCAAUCCAAGAAGAUCCUCCUAGGGAAUCAAAAUGUCAAAAUUGUGGAAUUAGUGAAAAAAUGACACCAGCAAUGCGGCGUGGACCUGCUGGACCAAGGUCACUUUGCAAUGCUUGCGGACUAAUGUGGGCAAACAAGGGUACUCUAAGAAGUCCUUCAAGGGCCAAAAUAGGUACUCCUAGCACUGCCAACCCAAGUGAGCAUGGUCAAGCAAUUGACUCGGAAUUGAUUAGCGACAACAAAUUACAUGUCCAUACACCCAGCAAUCAUGAUGCUGUUGUGUCCAACUCUGAGAUAGUCGGGGACGGUACGACGGCAGAUGUACAGCAGGCAGACACAGUAGGACUGAAGACUGAAUUGCGAGAAGUAUAAAUGUGUUGAAUAACAAAAUUGACGGCCUACUCUGCGAGUCUGUAGGUAUGUUUUGACCUUAUAAUCGAUGAUAUAGGAGGCUGCGCAUGCAUGCAGAUUAGUAGUGCACGUGGGAUGUAUUACCUGUCACCGGUGAGUCUGUUUUGGAAGGUCCGGCAGUUUAACGGCAUCCAUAUCGUGCAUUGUUCGAUUGUUCCAUAUGAACUCCAAUCUUGAUGUGUGUAGUUAAGAGUUUUUCGAAUCUAGAAGUUCUUCAUGCCAUAGAGAUGAGCUGGAAACACUUUCCCUUUA